AUGAAAAAGGAGCAGAUGGUGGCAUUUUUAUUACGUUCAUUAGUCGAGUUUGAUAAAGAAAAGGUAAUGAACAGCUUGCGAAUAAAACGUAAGAUUGAAGAAGAUACGUUGAGCCAAGCAAAAUUCCAAAAUAAGAAAGUGGAAAAUAUUAAUGCACCAUCAAGUUAUUGUGAAAUAAAAAAAUAUGAUCCUGAUGCAAUGUGCAAUUACCGACCAAAUGGUGGAGAGGACGGAGUAAUGAAGUAUCUUAAUGUAUUGCAAGGAGUUACACAUGAAACAGAUGGUGCAAUUUUAUAUAGCGUUGGAGGAGGUCAAUGUGCUCUUUUGAUCUUAGAAGCAGACAAUGAAAAGGAGCGAUCUACACAGACAAGCUUGUGGCCAUGCUUGGAAUCUCUGGUGCUAUUUUUGGAGAAGAAAUUACAAUUGAGCCUCUUAACCUUUAGUGUCUAUCAUGAUUAUCUCAUAAAUAAUUUUGUUAUGUUUGAUAUAUUAAAAGCUGGGUCGGGAUUUUAG